AAAAAAACCGAAGAGGUAGGAAGCGAAGCACCACCUCUCCUGCAGGAAACGUCCAAGGCUCUGGGAGGACGAGUGCGGGUGGGUAGAGGCAUGCUGCGGAAGGGCGAAUCUGGAGGCCGCAUGCUCUAGAGCGGUCCAAUCCAUGCACGUCCCGUCCCUAUUUGAAUUGCCGAAACACGAGCACAUUACCCAUGCAGGCUGGCACCUCGGCGAUGUAAAUUACGUCGAUUCUUUGCAUGUGUGCCUGUCUGCCUGUAUUUCUGCCAGCCGUGCUUCCGGUUCGAGUCGGCUGCAACCGGCCAGACUUGGCGCUGCUGUGGUGUGUUAUAUCGUUGCCGCUGCGUGGGCGUGUGAUCUACUGGCGUCGCCAACAAUUGACCAGCUACCCAGUCCGGCCCGCACCCUUGUUCCAUCGCUAUUGUCGCCACUAGUGUCAAGGCCAGCACUUCUAUGUUUCUUCCCGGCGCAUACCAAAACUGACCUCUGUGUUUGUCCGUCGGCAAUCGGGCGAUUCCCUGCCACCCACAGGUCGCCUGCAGUAAACGUUUACAAUCGACUACAGGCUUAUAUUCAUACACCUAUCAAACCUAGAUAAUAGGUUUGGUUUCCUGUUGCCUUGCGUCCCCCUGUUGCCUCCCGCGCGCCACUCUAUAUAUGUCAAAUAAAUCUCUUGCAUUGCCUCUACUGCGUAGAACUUUCUACCAACCGUCAGCGAGACGCACGUCGUGCAUAGAAGCCCCUUACUGUGGGGCACCUAAAUCCCUGCACCCAAACUCGUAUAACCCAACAUCUUCGCUGUUCUCUUACAAUUGCCCGAUUGAGCCGAAAUGUCCCCCAUAACAACUAUUCGCUCUCAGGCUGGACUGUUCUGUUU